AUGCCGCAAACGACGCCUGAUUGUAUUGCGAUCGAAAAAAACCCGUGUGCGCAAUGCACCCGGGCAAACAAGGAGUGCGGGGGCUAUCAAGAUCCCAAUUCUCUGAGGAUCUAUGAUCAGAGCAAGGAAGUUGCCGUGAAGGCUCAGUCUCGGAGUGUCGUUCGGUCCAAGACAAGUACUCCAGAGACAUCGAUGCUGCUACCUUUAAUCCACGAACCGAUUUCAAUAGACGAGAAGGCGACAUCUCAUACUUUCACGUAUUAUGUUGGCAAAGACGAAAGUCGUGGUUUGCUCUCUUUUCUCUCGGGUCUGUUGAGCACGGACCCAUCGUUGACCCUUCAAGCCACAAUCAAGGCCAUCGGGCUGGCCAGCUUAUCGAGAAUCCACAAGCUGCCUGAUUUGCGGCAAUUGGCGGGCUUGGAAUAUAGUAAAGCGUUGCGUUCUCUCAAUAAGGCGUUGCAGAAUCCAGUCACGGCGAAAACCGACUCCACAUUGGGAACUGUCACCUUGUUUUCCCUGUAUGAGAUGGUCGCAAGCCACGAUAUGACAUCCGGUCAUUUUGAUAUCAUGGAUGGCUGGUGGAAUCAUGUGCAAGGGGCGACGAGGCUGCUCGAGUUACGAGGGGUGGAGCAAUUAGACUCGGAUGUGGGGUUGGAGUUGUUCACAACAAUCCGCUUACAAAAUGUUAUCAGCAGCGUGCUUUUCAGGCGUCCUGUGCAACCCUCGCCCACAAUAGCAGCAAUAUCGGAAGUUGCAAAAGCACGACGCGAUGAAAAUUCCCAACCAAUUGAAGAUCUCUACAAUAUACUACUCCAGUUCAAUGACCUUGCUGCCGAGGUCAAUGACGCCUCCCGGGGCAAAUAUACGGUCGAAAACCUAGGGCGAUAUAUCGGAAAGGCCCUCCGCGUCGAUGCCGACCUCCGAUCCUGGGCAAUGUCGGUCGGUCCUGGGUGGUGUUUCACUACGAUUAAAGCGCCAGUGUCCCAUGACGGUCACAUUCCAUUUUACAUGCGUGGCGACACAUACCACUUCUACUUUAAUGUCUAUCUCGCCUCGAUGUGGAACCACUACCGCCAAACGCGUCUUGUUCUGCACGAGAUGGUGCGGGUAAUGGCGGUGCAUUUGUACAAACUACGGAAAACAUCAGAAUGUGAACAGACGAUCAUUCAGUCCGUGGCGAUCAUUAAUCAGGUGGUGGAUGAUAUCUGCGCCAGUGUGCGGUACCACUUCAUAUCGGAUCAGGCUUGCUUUGGGGGCGCUCUUCGUCUGCUGUGGCCUUUAUUCGUUUCGGCUAACAUUUCGCAUAUAGACUCUGCGACUAGAGAGUGGAUUGCACAGGUUUUGGCCAUCAUUGGGGAGAGUAUGGGCAUAUAUUUGGCUACUACCAUGGCACAGCUUAUACGCAAAGGAGAAUUGUUUGAUAUGGUUCCUGGCACGUGA